AUGGGCGGAGCCUUAGAAGAACCUUUCGCGGAUCAAAGUCGUGGAAGGCUCUCCGAACUGGAAGACCAGCUGAAGGAAACCCUGAGCACCCUUUGGGCAUCCGGGCUGGACGAGGGUCAGAAGGCGGUCGUGAAGCUAAAAACCAAAAACGACCAUCUGGAUAAGCCGUGGAGAGAUACAAAGGCAUACUGGGAGGACCACUUGAAUAACUCAAUACAGCUGGAAAUGUUGGCUAAUGAGCAUCUUCGGAAAUUCAAAGCUAAGACUCGGAAUAAAGAAGAAAAAUGA